AUCAGAAUUGAGUAUUCAAUAAAGCCCUGUAAUAAUAGAUUAUAAUAACUAUGCCAACAUUUGGCGCUGGCAUGGCUCAAAACUACAGUGAUACAAAUGUGCUGGUCUUCAGCUCCUACACUUGUUAAGAAUUGUCUUCCAAAAUUAAGAUAACUUUAAAAAGAGAGAUCUUUUAGGUACUACUAUUUUGUAUUAAUUUUACCAAAUUAAUUAUUAUUAUUAUUAUUAUUAAUAAUCAAUUUUAGCUUCAUUAGUGCCAGCUGCCUGCAGAUCAUGGUGUUGGUAGGAAAUGGUUUAAACAGAAAGCGUGAUAGCGUUGCAUGUAAAAGGAAGACUGUGAAUCUUGUUGCCACGGAAAUGUUGACCAAUCAACAAACACUUCAUAUGCGGUUUCCGUGAGAGACGGGACUGUUGGACAGCCCGCAAACGCACUAUAUGAUGAGAUAAAUAGACACGAAACCCUUCUGUGCAGCAUCUGUUCUGUCUCUCCCUCAACUAUAUUUUCUGUGCAUUAACAUCUAUAAAUGAUGGAUUCAAAGCUUAGCGUAUGCAUAUGUGUUUAAAUUUCUUCCACAGCUGCAAGAUAAAAAUCUGUAGCACUUAAAGAACACAGAUAAUCUCAGAGUUGUGGCAAAGCCUUUGUCUGUUCUCAACCAUUCAUCAUUCUGAGCAGAAGACCGAAACGGCGCCGCAGAGAGAAUAAAUAGUCACUUUAGAGUACAUGCAGUCAUUUUGCUGUUCACCCCGCGCUCAGAGCUGGGUUAACCACAUGCAUACUGGAGGGGAGGGGUUGGGGGGCUGACGGAGGUGCCGUGAUGAAACAUCAGCUCAAACAGUUUCACAUGAAAAUUGAAAGUGCAUUAAAUGCCAGCAUGUGCAGGAGACAGAAGAACGCGGCAGCCGUACAACAGUUACCUGCAUUUUAAGUAUUCUGCACAUUACAGCAGGAAACUUCUCCAGGAUGUUUUUCUGAGAGAAUGUGUGUGAGCUUCUUAUUGAGGCCCUGUUGGUAUUUUGAGCUCUUAAGCAAUAUCUUGCAGAAAGGAAGGGUUCAAGAGGAGAUUGCAACAUGAGGAGAUAUGUGCUAACAGCGUAGAAGAGAGAAGAUAUUCAAACUAACUGAGCCAGCCCAACACAUGGCGGUCCACAGUCCAGUUAAUGGGACGACAGCCAUCCCGUGGAGGAGGAGCAGGAGGAGGCUGACGCUGUUGGAGCAGCUGAAGGGCUGUCAGCAGGCCUGGUGCCCCGCGGCCCCCUGGGAUAGAGAGGAGGCCCACGAUGCUCUCUGUGAAACACCUGCUGGGAGUUUCCUGGUUGUGCGGGACUCUGCGACGUCUCAGCCCAGCCUGCUGUGUGUUUCUACUGGAGGAGAGAAUGGAGCAGUUGUUGAUUACAAUAUCAAAAGCACAGGCACAGUCUUCCAGCUCACAGAGUCUCGUCUGUCUUUCUCUGACUUGGCUCAGCUCGUGCUCUUCUACUCUCUGACCAGGGAUGUGUUGGCCGUCUGUCUUUCUAUUCCUCGCUGGAUCUACAGUGUAACCGAGAAGAACAGAGAUCAUCUCUCUCAACUUGAACCCAAUACUUGGCUCUGCACACCGCCGGAGCAACAGACUGAUGAAAUGACGCAGACGGAGCCAACCAACGUGAUGUGCUCCAUACAGCUGACUUCCACCAACGGGGCCCUGUGUAUCAUCAAUCCCCUCUACCUACGUGAACAUGGAGAUGAGUGGCUGACCCACAGAACCACGCAGCCAUCGAAUUACAGACAAGAGCGACGCCUCAGCACCACCAGGGCAUGGGCCGGGGCAGGGUUACACAGUAAACGAGCCAUCUCGUUGGACCAGGAGCCCUCUGCUGCCAGUAUGCACAGUUCUGGUCUAAUCAGAGCCAUGUCUACUGAGUCACCACAACGCCCCCCAACACCAGCUUCUCCAGGAGGGGUGGUCUUCAGGAGGCCCAGCAGAGAUACUCCCUCCAGCCUCUCUCACAGAGAGAGCACGGGGAGCCUUUCUCCAUCUACUUCCUCCACCCCUGGAAGUUCAAAUAGGGCGUCGCUGGAGCUGCCGCCUCAUGGCAGCCCAGUGCCCCCCCUGUCUCCUCACAGGGUGUCCUGGAUUGAAGAUGGAGUCUGGCUUCCUCCGCCCAGGCCUUCCUCUCUGCUCAACCUCCCGUCGCUGGAGCUCGACUCGCUGUCCAUCAGCAGCAUAGAGGAAGAGCAGGAGUUUCAAACGGCGAGCUGUACCCUACACCAGCCGUCUGCGCACCGGUUGGCCGACAAGGUCAUGAACCGUCUCUCAGCGGUGGGUCAGGUUCUCGGCGGGCUGGUAUCUCAGAAGAAGAGACUAACCAAUCGCGUGAAGGAGGUGAGCGAGCGGAAAGGUGCGGCGUUUGGGGAGGCUGUGAAAGAAUUUGUGGAGAUGACGCGGAAGAAAGGGGCUGAUGCCGGCGGGGUCACGGGGCCCGAGUUCUUACAGGAAGUGAGGGCAUCGCUCUCGUCACUGAGAGAGACGCUGUUGGACUAUCCAGAAAUCCAGAUGUUGUUGGACAGCAUCACUGACAUGAAUGACUCGGAGAUCGACACCCUGGUGGAGCUCUCCGUCCACAAGGUGGCUCUGAAGCCCGUCUCCGCUCACCUCUACUCCUGCAUUCGUGUUUCCCGGACUAAUGACGGCACCUUCGAGCGUCUCCAGAGCAACAUGUGUGUGCUGGAAAAGAACGGCGUGGAGGAGUUAGGGGGGUCGGCGGGAGUUGGAAUUCCCGACUCUAUCUCCCUGGAACGGAUCCAGCAGAGGUUCACUGCCAUGCAUGAGGCCUACUCCCCAAACAAGAAGGUCCAGAUCGUGCUCAAAGUCUGCAAGAGCGUCUAUCAAAGCAUGAGUGUUAAUGCUAGCUCAGGCAAGGUGUUUGGAGCAGAUGAUUUCCUGCCCUGUCUGACCUGGGUGCUGCUCCGUAGUGAUGUGGUCACCUUACAGCUGGACACAGACUACAUGAUGGAGCUGCUGGACCCCACACAGCUACAGGGAGAGGGUGGCUACUACCUUACAACUCUAUACGCCUCUCUUUACUAUAUCAGCAGCUUCCGGCCGCGAUUGGCCGCCCGUCAGCUCAGUGUCGAAGCCCAACAAUCUCUGAACCAGUGGCAUCGCAGGCGCACCCUGCACUGCAACCAAUCGCGCCGCAGCAAGAAUCGACGGACCAUUCGCAGGCCGGCGUUACGGGACCAGGGAGCGCAGAGCUCCAAGACAGAAACUGUGAGGAAAGAGGAAAGUGGGAAAGAAAGUGAUUCUGUUAAUGAUGACGAGUCGCAGCAGCAGCAGACGGAAAGCACCACAGAGGCUCUGCAGCCGCUGGAGGAAGAGGCGAGCAGAGCGCGAGAAGAUGAGGACGGAUCACAGACGUCCACUCCAACAUCAGACUUUAAUCAGCAAGAUGUAAUAAGGAGCAAACAGGAACAUACUCAGACUCUAUGUACAGCAGAAGAAGAGGACCACAGAGACAAUGGAGAGAAGAAGAAGAGUGGUCCUUGAUGCAAAAAAUGGCGACUUAUUGACUGCACAUUUUUUGACCAUUUGUCAGUGUGUCAAACCCGAAAGGUGCCACAUGAACCACAAGCAUGUCCCGUCCUGCUCAGGUUCAUCUUCUAUAGACCAUUUCAAUGGAAUUGCGUUGCUAGGCAACAGCUUGAGUCCAUGUUUACUUCCUGUCAGAUGAUGUCAUUCACAUACAAUGCAACAGGAAAUAAACUGGGAAACAUUUCUAAUGUCUACGUUAACAACUGUGAAAUGGUCUUUAGAGACCAAAGAAAAGCUUUUGAUUAGUGUCAUUAACACACAGGUGUCAGUUAAUUAUGAAAUUUUGGUUGGGACUCCUCCACUGUCACACUACCCACGUUGAGGCCAUAACAAGUGGACAAUGCUCCAUUUUAUGGGUGCAUAAGGUUGGGAAGCACUGGCCUGAAUGAGUCCACAUUUAAUGUCAUAAUUGUAUUGUAAUGGAAAGUUAAAAAAAAUAAAAGUUCCGCACACUGUAGCUCUCUUAAGUGCAAUUUAUUAUCACAUCCUCAAGUAGUGACGUUUCAAGUCUGAAGAAAAGCAUCUGCUCGAAACGUCACUACUUGAGGAUGUGCUAAUAAAUUGCACUUAAGGGAGCUACAGUGUGUGGCCCUUUAUUUACAUUUUCAUUGCUGUCUGUUAUUGGUCAAGCACCUGCCUACUACGGUUUUGGAUGUGCGUGACCACUUUACAUUGUUUAAUAGUUGUUUUAUAAAGAAGAGAGAAUUUAUACAAAAGUUAUUAUUAUAUUUAUUUGGGAACAAGUAAAAGUUACAGUUCAUGUUUCAGAGGCUGUUAGAUUUUGUAAAGUGCAGCAUGAGUUAGACUUUUUUGUAUAUGCUGAUUAACUGAAACUAAUGUUUUUGAUUUGUAAAUAUUAACAUGAAACGUGCAAAAAGAGUACAUUAAUAAAACCAGCAUACACUUGCUCUCAUCAAUACCAUUUCCAGCAGCAGCUCUGUUUCUCAUUUAUUAUUAUGAUUAUUGCAGAAGAUCAUUUAACAGCACUGGGCACAAAAUAGUGUCAAGUGUUGUUAAAUGAGCAAACAGGUUCGCUUUGACUCUCAUCAACCCUGAAAAUGCUUCAGAAAAAGCACCAAACAGCAGACGGACACAAUCAGCAUCCAGCUGGUGAACGUAGUGCAGCAUUUAGCAGCUUAACAGACGGAUAUUUCCCUCAGGAGUUGGUAGAGAUAAAAACAGAGCUAAAGUAGAGUGAAUACCAGAAUGACAUUCAUCAGAUGGACAGAAACACGUCUCCAAAUGAAUGAUAACGUUGCUCCGUUUCUGCUGGAUAUGUAGGUCUAAACAGGCAGCUGCAGACAUUAUGUGAUAGGUGGGUCUUUUUCCUGCUUGAUGUGGAGUUCUUCUGAUCCCAAA